AUGUUGGUAGACACGGGAUCGCCUGUGGGCGUUAUCACGCGGUCAGUGUUCGAGCAACACCGAGGCAAGUGGCCACGUUUGCAAGCCACAACAAGGAAGCUGUCGUGUUUCAAGGGCCAACUUCCUAUCGAUGGAAAAUUGCAACUCAAUGCGACCAUGAGUGGCGCGACCAUUCAGGCCGAACUCUUCGUCAUCGACUGUCCGGGACCAAUGCUUUGCGGCCGUGACACUAUCCGUAGCUUCAAUACGGCAGGCGUGCCGGUACUCACUGGAAACGAGGUGGCGUGUGUGCAAGAGGAAAAUGUGGACAGAAUGCUGGAAACUAUGCUAUCAAUGUACAGUGAUGUCUUUGCUCCGGAUUUGGGUUUGCUCCGAGGGCCACCAGUACACCUGACCGUCAAAGAAGGCGCAAGACCCCGGUUUUGUAAGGCUCGGACGGUGCCGUAUGCGCUCAAACGAAUGGUGUCGGCAGAGUUAGAUCGGCUGGUAAACGAAGGGGUGUUAUCACCAGUGACAUCUGCCGAAUGGGCCACACCCGUUGUGCCCGUAGUCAAGAAAGACGGACAGGUGCGAUUAUGCGGCGACUUCCGUCUUACGGUGAACGCAGCUACCAUCAUGGAGCAAUAUCCGCUGCCACGGGUUGACGAUAUCUUUGCGAAUCUCAACGGCGGAAAUGUUUUCAGCACAUUGGACUUGAGGAACGCCUAUAAUCAGAUGCCCCUUGACGAGGACUCUAAGAGGCUAGUCGUUUCGAACACUCACAAGGGUCUCUACUGUUUCAACAGGCUGGCGUUCGGAGUGUCGUCAGCGCCGGCAAUUUUCCAGCGGCAGAUGGAGGCCGUGCUCAGCGGGAUCUCCCGCAUGCAGGUAUAUCUGGACGACAUAAUUGUAUCGGAAAAGGCAAAUGACUGCAAGAUCCUGGAGCAAGUGCCAUAG